CACCGACCUAGAUCGUCUUUUUCCCCCAAGUCCAUUUCGUCAAUAGCCGAGUCCUAAAUCUGGUUUGUUGCCAUCACGGUAUUGUUCAGCGAAUAUUUUGAAAGUGUUGCAAAAAUGUCUAAUGAACCUACCAAAGUAUAAAUUAAACGAUUCUGGACCUGAAGAUUAAUAUACUGAAUUCUUGUGUGGUAUAAAAAAUAAGCACCAGACCUAUGGUGACCCAUAUGGACACGGCUCCCAAAAUCGGGGCGAGCCAAGUUUCGGACGUGGUGUUUGUUAUAGAGGGAACCGCAAACCUUGGCCCGUACUUUGAAUCCCUGCGAAAGAACUAUAUACUGCCAGCGAUCGAGUUCUUUAAUGGGGGCCCUCCUGCUGAAACGGAUUUCGGAGGAGAUUAUGGUGGCACUCAGUAUGGACUGGUGGUGUUCAACACAGUGGACUGUGCUCCAGAGUCCUAUGUGCAGUGCCAUGCUCCUACCAGCUCGGCAUUCGAGUUUGUGUCCUGGAUUGACAGCAUCCAGUUCAUGGGUGGCGGAGCAGAGAGCUGUAGUCUGAUUGCUGAGGGUCUGUCUGUAGCUCUACAGCUGUUUGAUGAUUUUAAGAAGAUGAGGGAGCAAAUUGGUCAGACUCAUAAGGUGUGUGUGUUGCUGUGUAACUCCCCUCCAUACCUGCUGCCUGCUGUGGAGAGCGUCAGUUACACAGGCUGCACCACCGACGGCCUCGUCCAGAUCAUACGAGACCGGGGAAUCCACUUCUCUGUUGUCGCACCACGGAAGCUCCCGGCACUCCGGGCCCUCUUUGAGCGGGCUUCUCCAGUCGGCGGGGCAGCGGAGUCUUCCCACCCUGACUAUAGCCAGGACCCCUUCCACAUGGUGUUGAUCCGCGGUAUAGCGCUUCCGGUUGCUCCUGGAGGGGGUUCUGGCGCAGUACCUCUCAAACCCGUUCUGCCUCCUCAGCCCCUACCUGUCAGUCAGCCUCCCAUUGGUCCCAGCUCGCAGGCUCCGCCUCCAAUCAGCACCUCUCACCCGUACCAGCCUCAGGCAUCUCUGACUGCGGCCGCGGCAGCAGCUGCCUUGGCUGUGGAGGCGGCCAAUAACCAGAAGAGUCGCUUCCCAGGAAUGGUGAACCCAGGCCAACCCUUCAGUGGCCUGCCCACGCUUCCCACGGUGGGAGUCAAACUAACUCCAGCCAGCCAGCCCAGCCUAUCCACAGUCACCACGGUGUCCACGCCCAUGCUGCCACAGCAACAGGCUGCUCCUCAGCAACAGCAGCAGCCAUCGCAAGUCCAGCCCCCCGGCCAGCCCACGCCCAAUCAGCAGGCGCCUCAAGCCCCUCAGCAGCAGCCCACAGCCAAUCCGCAGGCACCGCCGUCCUCUCAGCCUGGCAUGCCUGGUGUUUCAGCUGCGCCGGGUGGAGCCAAUCCCAUCAGUGCACAGCAGGGUGUACCCAACAAGAUUGUGGCAUGGAGUGGAGUUCUGGAAUGGCAGGAGAAGCCCAAGGCCUCCUCUAUGGAUUCCAACACCAAACUCACGCGUUCGCUGCCCUGUCAAGUGCAAGUCAACCAGGGAGAAAACCUGAACACGGAGCAGUGGCCACAGAAGCUAAUCAUGCAACUCAUCCCUCAGCAGCUACUGACGACUUUGGGUCCUCUGUUCAGGAACUCUCGCAUGGUUCAGUUUCUCUUCACCAACAAGGAUGUGGAGUCCCUGAAGGGCCUGUAUCGGAUCAUGGCUAACGGCUUUGCGGGCUGUGUACAUUUCCCCCACAGUGCUCCGUGUGAGGUGCGUGUGCUGAUGUUGCUCUACUCUUCUAAGAAGAGGAUCUUUAUGGGUCUGAUCCCCAACGACCAGAGCGGGUUUGUCAACGGCAUCCGGCAGGUCAUCACCAACCACAAACAAGUACAGCAGCACCGCACGAUGGGCAAUGCAGGUCCGAUGCAGUCUGGUCAGGUGCCGCCCAAUCAGAACUUCCUCAACCGGCCGUCAGGGCCUAUCCCUGUCACUCACAGCAACGUCCAGCAGCAGUCUGUGGUAGUGGGCGUGGCUCCUGUUGGUCAGGUCACAAUGAUGGAGGAGCAACAAAGACAAAAUAACAUGUUAACGAUGAGAGCAGCAGCAACAGCCAAUCAGCAAACGCCAGUCACUGGCCCACCGCCGAAUCAGGUGGCUCAGGGUCAAGCCCAGCCCCCGGGUGCUAUGCUCCGCCUCCCCAAUCCAGGAGCCAAUCCCCAGCUUCGCAGCCUUCUUCUCAGCCAGCAGCAGCCACAGAGUGGCGUGUCUCACAUGCAGGGCAUGCUCCCUCUCCAGGGUCUGAGUCAGCAGAUGGUCCACCCUGCAGGAGGAGGAGCUCAGAUCCAGCCUCAGUGGAGACAGCCUCUUCCAGGUCAGAUGCUGAUGGCAACAGGUUCAAGAGGCUCCGUCGCACAGAAUCCUGGCAUGCCUCAAGUUUCCAGUGUCAUGGAGGAUGAGAUUCUUAUGGACCUUAUUUGAGGACUACGUUACCCUUAAGCCCUGCUGACAACCACAGUUGUUCAAGACUUUUUACUUUUGCUUUAAAGGAAAAAUGCAGCUGGGCAGAAAAUGGGAUGAGUUAAACAGAAAACAGUUGAUGUGGAAACUGACACACACACACACACACACACACACACACACACACAAGCAUGAAUUCUUUGCAGAACUGUAUAUUGCAACCAGUUGUUUUCAAGCUCCAUGUCACACAGAUAGAGUUGGGCCUGAGAAACAUACCCACACACACAGGGCUGGGUGGGGAAAACGCGCCCACCCGCACACACAGGGCUGGGUGGGGAAAACGCGCCCACCCGCACACACAGGGCUGGGUGGGGAAAACGCGCCCACCCGCACACACAGGGCUGGGUGGGGAAAAUGCACACCCACACACACACAGGGCUGGGUGGGGAAGACGCAU